UCCGAGAAGGUGCAACUGUCCCGGGCCCUCGGCGCCCGGGCGCUGGUGGAGCGGUCAGGCUGGCGGGGCAUCGGGCCGCGACGGCGGGUCAUGGCGGCGGGCGGCAGGCUGGAGGACGGUUCCUUGGAUAUUCUUCAAAGUAUGGAUGAUGACCCACUCCUGGAUACCCAGCCUCUCCCACACCACUCCUUACAUGCUUACUUUAGACCCAGAUUCCAUCCUCUUCCCACGGUCAUCAUAGCAAAUCUUCUGUUGCUUAUACAUGUUGUGUAUGUUAUUUUAGCAUUUUUAACAGGUGUGCUGUGUUUGUACCCUAAUCCAAAUGAAGACAAGUGCCCAGAAAAGUACACCAACCCACUGAAAGUUCAGACAGUCAUAAUCCUGGGAAAAGUUAUCCUGUGGAUUCUGCAUUUGCUUCUUGAACGAUACAUUCAGUAUCAGCACAGCAAAGUCAGAAGCCGCGGCUAUUCCAAAAUCUACCAGUCCACGAGACAUCUCAAAACCCUCGCCCUCAUGGUCCACUCUUCUGGCAACACAGUGCUCCUCCUCCUCCUCUGUGUCCAGCAUUCUUUCCCUGAGCCCAGUAAGCUGUACCUGGAGUUGAUUCUGGCCAUCCUGGCCUUGGAGCUGAUCUGCUCCCUGAGCUGUUUGCUGCUCUAUGCAGUGAGAAUUAGGAGAUUCAAUCGAGCCAAACCACAGCCUGAUGUACUUGAAGAAGAAAAAAUGUAUGCUCACCCCAGCAAUAUUGCCUCAGAGACUGGCUUCAGGACUAUGUCAAGCCUAGAAGAAAUUGUUGAAAAGCAAGGAGACAUAAUAGCAUAUCUGAAGCGACACAACGCCCUGUUGAGUAAGCGGUUGUUGGACCUGGCCUCUCAGCCAGCUAGGACAUGAUAGCUGGCCCUGACAGCUAUUGAGUCCACAGAACUCCCAACUGCCCAUCUGCCGGCUGCCACAGGAACCACAGCCUUGUUCACUGUAUGUGCUGGGAACCUGAGCACCUGGGUGACUAUAAAAGACUGGAAAACUUAAGAAGGUUCUAUACAGUUUGAAACAAUUUAAUUUCUUGACUUUUCUGGAAUCCAAGCUAUUGUUUAAGGACCCUGGAAUAUUUUGGCUCUUUGUUAAGCAAGUGUGAUGUGACAAUCUGCUGUAAACAGGGUUUUAAAACCAGUACAUUCUUGUCACAGUGAAACCACUAAGAGAAGGCAUUCUUUCUUGUGCUUGGUGUUUGCUUCAGAAGAGGCUCACAGGCAUUUUAUAUGGGUGUGGGCACACUGGAUGAGAGAAAAGGUCAAUUAAAAUUUGUUUUUUAUUUGCUUUCUUGUUUGUUUUCCAGGGCUGGGGAUCAACCCAGAUGUCUCACAUGUAAUAAGCCAACCUUGCCACUGAGUCAGCUUUUACAUGGAAUUUCCUAAACCAGUCAUGGUGACUCACACCUGUAAUCCCAGCACCUGAAAAGCUGAGGCAGGAGGAUCACCUUUAGCUUGAGGCCAGCCCAUUGCUCAGCCCAUAGAAUGAGACCUUGCUCCAAAACCACAAAAGUUUCCUCUUUAUGGAACCAGUCUCAUCAGGAUAUGUGCUCUGCUAGUUCUGCAGCCUGUUGUUGAGAAAUAAAUGCAAAGAAUUCUUGGGGGAAGAGGGGGCACGUGGUUAAGUGGCAACCCCUAUUACAUAGUGACCUUCCAUUGGCAAGUGUUGAGAUUUAGAAAUCUCACUUUCGCUUUAUCGCUGCCCUUCUUCAAGGAGUUGUCAUAUAUCUGUUAUACUUUGAGUUUAUGUUAGCUAAGCAUGGUGGCCCAUGACUGUCAUCCUAGUACUUGGGUGGCAGACACAUAAGUUCAGGACUAACCUGGUCCAAAUAAUGAGUCUCAGGUUAGCCAAAGCUACAAAGAGAUCCUGCCCCCCAAAAAAAAUCCCACAAAAAAUAAUAAUGUGUUUACAUAUAGGAAUAAGACCAUCUAUAGGUUACAAUUCAACCAAAUAGUGCUAGUAAGAUGGCUCACUGAUACGUAAGCCUGAUGACCUGAGGAGGAGAGAUUAACUCCUGAAAGUUGUCCUCUGGCCAUUAAAGUCUCAAAUGGCAUUCUUGUGUGUGCAUUGACACAUGUCACACACAUCACACAAAUACAUUUUUCCAGUGUCUAAGUAAGAAAAAGGUUCUUUUGGUCUUGUAGUUCAAAAUUGUGAUGGGAUUAAAAUGUCAGGUCAAUUUAUGUAUGGGUAUUAUUAAACAGACAAUUCUUGCAAUGAGAA